AUGGGUUCUGACGAAGACGCUCGCUGGCUGGAGUGGGUCGCUAAACAGUUUGAGAGCAUCGCAGGAGAGGACAAGGAGAUCGACCUCCACGAGUUUAAAACUGCCCUGAAAGUUAAAGAGUCCUUCUUUGCAGAGCGUUUCUUCUCUCUGUUCGAUGCGGACCGGAGCGGGUCCAUUAGUCUGGAGGAGCUGCUCAAAGCUCUGGACCUCCUGAUCCACGGGACUGAGACCGACAAGCUACGCUUCCUGUUUCAGGUCUACGAUGUAGACGGCAGUGGUUCCAUCGACCCAGAUGAGCUGAAAACGGUUCUGAAGUCAUGUCUGCAGGAGAGUGCCAUCUCUCUGCCAGAGGAGAAACUGGACGACCUGACCCUGGUUCUGUUCGAGUCAGCUGAUAAGGACAACAGCGGUUCCAUCACCUUCGAGGAGCUCAAAGCUGAACUGGAGAACUUUCCAGAGGUGAUGGAGAACCUGACCAUCAGUGCUGCCAACUGGCUGAAGCCUCCUGAUGUGGACCAGAAGAAGCCUCAGACCCAUCGGUACCUGACCCGGACCUACUGGCAGAACAACAGCCGGAAGCUGCUGUUCCUGUGUGUGUACGCCCUCCUGAACCUGCUGCUGUUUGUUGGCGCCGUUCUGUACCACAGCUACGGCGGUGGCUGGUUCAUGCUGGCCAAGGGUUGUGGCCAGUGUCUCAACUUCAACUGCACCUUCGUCAUGGUGCUGAUGCUGCGUCGCUGUUUAACCUGGAUCAGAGCCACCUGGGUGGUCCGGCUCCUACCUCUGGACCAGAACAUCCUGCUGCAUCAGAUCGUGGGCUACGCCAUCCUCUUCUUCACUGUGGUGCACACUGCCGCGCACGUUGUUAACUUUGCCCGGAUGUCAGCGAGCAGUGAGUUCAGUCUGUGGGAGUACCUGCUGACCACGAGACCGGGGGUUGGCUGGGUGAAGGGGACAGCGUCUCUUACCGGAGUCAUCCUGCAGCUGCUGAUCUUCCUCAUGGUGAUCUGUUCCAGCACCUUCGUACGACGCAGUGGACACUUCGAGGUGUUCUACUGGACCCACCUGUCCUACAUCUGGGUCUGGAUCCUCCUCAUCAUCCACUGUGCAAACUUCUGGAAGUGGUUUGUGGUUCCAGGUUUGGUUUUCCUGCUGGAGAAGAUCGUAGGAAACGCUGUGUCUCGAAUGGGAGGUCUUUACAUCGUGGAGGUCAACCUGCUGCCGUCCAAGGUGACUCACCUGGUGAUCAGACGUCCUCAGUUCUUCCAGUUCAAACCUGGAGAUUACAUCUACAUCAACAUCCCAAAGAUCGCCAAGUACGAGUGGCACCCAUUCACCAUCAGCAGCGCCCCGGAGCAGCCCGACACUUUGUGGCUUCACGUGCGUUCCAUGGGCCAGUGGACCAACCGUCUGUAUGAGUACUUCAGACAGACGGAGAGUCAGGACCUUCAUCCCAAGAAUCUGACCACGAGUCUGAAGAGGCACCGACAGCAGGAGAAGAAGGACGACAUGUUCAACUCCUCUGACGCCAACAGAGCCGUGGCGUCCAACAAGGACGACUCCAUCGAGCUGACCUUGUUCCGUCAGAAUGGCUCGGAGUCUGGAGCAGGUGCAGCCUCAGAGUCUGGGUCUCAGGACCCCCCAACACAGCCUCCGGAUGAGCCGGGACCAGCAGAAAGAGGAGAGGUCGUCCAACUCAGAGAGAUGUCGGCCAAGUUCAGUGAGAACCACAGAUUCUGCAACAUCAAGUGCUACGUAGACGGACCGUAUGGGACCCCGACACGGCAGAUCUUCGCCUCUGAACACGCUGUCCUAAUCGGAGCAGGAAUCGGCAUCACACCCUUCGCCUCGAUCCUGCAGAGCAUCAUGUACCGGUACCGGAUGAGGAAGCACCACUGUCCCAGCUGUAACUACUCGUGGUGCGAAAACAUUAAAGACAGCGACAUGAAGCUGCGUAAAGUUGACUUCAUCUGGAUCAACCGGGACCAGAAGGCCUUUGAGUGGUUCGUCAGUCUGCUGACCAAACUGGAGCUGGACCAGGCUGAUGAGGAGCCCGAAGGUCGCUUCCUGGAGAUGCACAUGUACAUGACGUCCGCGCUCAGUAAGAAUGACAUGAAGGCCAUCGGCCUGCAGAUGGCGCUCGACCUGCUGGCCAAGAAGGAGAAGAAGGACUCCAUCACGGGCCUGAGGACCAGAACCCAGCCAGGUCGACCCCAGUGGGAGAAGGUGUUUCAGAAACUCUCUCAGGAGAAUAAAGGGAAAGUUCAUGUAUUUUACUGCGGUGCUCCAUCUCUGGCCAAAGCUAUCAAAGCUCAGUGUGAAAACUUUGGCUUCAACUUCUACAAAGAAAACUUCUGA